ACUUUUGCAAACUUUCUUUAAAACAAUGCCCAAAAAGAAGGAUAAGAAAAGCAGCGACAAACAAGAGGAGGCAAAGAAACCACAGAAAAGGGAGACUCCGGCAGAUAAAAACGUUUCUGACGACAAAGAGAAGGAUUUGUACCUGACUCAGAUACGAUAUUUGAACGAACAGUUGGAGAGAUACCAGCUGAAAUGUGAUGAACUGGAGAGGCAGAAGAGGGACUUUAACUCACAGUACAGUGCACUGGAGAAACAGAAAAAGGACAUUGUUGAGUAUCUGAAAUGCUCUGUGUUGGAGAAGGAGGAUGAGGUGGAGGAGCUGUCAGAGCGCCUGGAGAGUCAGCGGCAGGCUGCUGAUAAGGACAGAGACGCCCUGCAGCUGCAGCACAGCCGGCUGAGGCAAGAGCUCCAAGACCGGAUAGAAGAGCUCACCAAGGAGAACAGGACACUUGUGGCAAGGCUGGCUAGUCUGGAGGAGUUUCAGAAGGAGAAGGAGCAGCUGAUGUCCAACAUGGCGUCUCUGGAGAAGCAGCUGGCCAUUCAGAAGGAGGAGCACAAAGCUGACAUUCACAACCUGGAGAUGAAAGCACUGCUGGAAAAGAGGAGAUUGGAGAAGGAGAUGGAGAGCCAUGUGGCGGCCAUGGAAGCCGAGGUGAAGCAGCUGGUGGACCAGAAGGUUCCUGAGACGACCCGACUGGCCCUUCAGGAGAACACGGAGGUGAGGGCUCAGUUAAACCAGCUGUCGGAGCAGACUCACAUCCUGAUGAAGGAGAACUCGGCCCUGCUGGACCGUAAGACUAAACUCAGCGUGGACGUGGACAUCCUGGAGCACAUGCUUAGCGAGCUGUCCCGCAAGAGCUGCAUCCGCAAGAAGGUGGUUGAGCAGCUGACAGAGAAGUGUCAGCAGCUGCAGGCGGAGCUGAAGGUCUGCAGGCGGGAGCUUCAGCAGCUUCAGACUGAGCACAGAAGCGUCCUGGUCCAGACGGAGGCACUCAGGCAGGACUGGGCCUCGCUGUCUGAACAGAGCAGUAAAAACAAAGCCGAGGUGAGUCGGCUGGACACAGAGCUACAGGAGGAAAGGAGGAAGAGGAGCAGGAUGAAGAGCAUCAUGCAGGAAGCAGCCGUCACUCUCAGACAGGCUCUGAUGGAGCAGGACUCGGACCGGGACCUCAGUGUCGUCCAGUGGAAGCAGCUGGUGCAGAAGCUGCUGGUGGUCUUGGACAGACCCACACUCGUCAACUCCAACACUGAGAAACUGGACGAGCUGCAGACCUCAGACGCUGCAGCAGCCAGCGACUCUGGGUCCAGCUGUGAGCUUCCGGUUUCAGCUGGCCCGCUACAGGCCGGGAGAUCUCGGCCUCGUCCCCCCACCUGCAUCGAAACACAAACGCAUCCUCUCCAGGACGCGGCCGGGGUCCAUCCUGCCUCUGCACAGGAAACCCUCCGCUCAGAAGACGUCCAGCUCCGUUACCCCGACUGA